AUGGGAGCCGCCGAUUCAAAGCCAAUUAACAAGCUCUUUGAGCAUUAUUCCUUGCUGAAUGUUCACAAUAAUGAUUUCCCUGAAUGCAAGAUCUUAUAACAUAAACAUGAUCCGCAUUAAUAAUUAAUCUUACGUGCCAUCAAUAUUACUGAUGAAGAUCAUUUUAAGAAGACUAUUCAUCAAUUUUAGAGCAGACAAAAGAUUAAUCAUCCUAAUAUUCUAAAUCUCAGCAAUUACUUUUAUGAAUUUGAACAAUAACUAUGUGGAUAAUUUUACAAGGUUAAUUUACUAUUUGAAUAUCCGUAAAGCAAUUUAGACAGAGUACAGACUAUCAAUGAAAUUCAAUUAAUUGAUUAUCUGAAACAAGCAAUAUCUGGUUUAGCGUGCUUAUAAAGAAAUUAAAUUUCGCAUAAUACUUUAUAACUUAGGUAUUUAUUCUUAAUGAAUGGGGUUGUGAAAGUAAGUGAUCCUCAGUAUUUCCAACAGAAUACUAAUUAUGUUCAAAUAUUACAGAAUCCUAAUUGCAUGGAGUCAAUUUAUUUGUCCCCUACUUUAGUUAAUACAAUUAGGUCAAAUAAUUGGUGGCCUAAGCAUAAUCAAUAUAAAAGUGAUCUAUUUACUUUGGGGAUGCUUUUCUUACACCUAAGCUUGAAUCAAGUAAAUAGUGACUGUUACAAUUACACCCAAGGCAAAUUUUUGGAAGACCAAUUGACUAUAAAACUCCAAAAAUUAAGAACUCGAUUUGGAUAACAAUUUUGUAAUUUUAUUUCAAUGAUGCUCAUUAUAUAAGAAGACUAAAGACCUGAUCUAAUAUAAAUGGAACAAAUUAUUAAUUAAUAAGGAAAUUCAUAUUACUCAUAAUAACAAGUACCUAAUGUAGUUCCAAGAUAGAUAAUACAACCUUAGCCAAUUGGGUAGAUGGAGACAAUUCAUUAACCUAAUUCAAACUCAUUAUAAUUGGAAUUUGCAUAUAAUACAUAAAAUAAUCAAUCAAGGAGAAUAAAUCAAGUUCAAGCUAUAUCACCUAUUGAAUAUGCUCAUCAAUACACUAUCAAAACAAAUUCUUCAUAACGAAGUUCAACACCAGUCAAUAAAUAUACUAUUCCAAUCUAAUAAGCCUAAUUAUAAACAAGAGAUAGGUCACUUCCAAAAUAAAAAACUCAAAGCUAAAAUGCUAGUUCGAGAUAGCUGAAUUAUGAAUACUAAAAUAAAAACAAUCAGCUAUAUACACAUAAUAAAAAUAAUGCAAUAGUAACCACAACAACAACAACUGAUUAGUCUAUCCUUAGUAAUAAAAAUUCAAUUCAACAAAUUUCUCUUCCUCCUAAGUAAUCGAUGCAUUAAAAGAAUUCGAAAUCUGCAUAGGUCAAUUAAUAAACAGAGUCAAAUAUACUCCCAAUUUAAGUAUUUCCAGCAUCAUAAGAUUAAUGUGAUUCUUUAUCCAAGAUUUUCCAUUCAGAAAUGUGUAGUAGACCUUCCAAAUUUGAUGUGAACAUAGACGCUUAACAAGAUGAAGAUAUAAAUACUCAGAGAUAAGGAAAAUUUGAAUCCUCCAAAAUUUUAAGUGACUCUACCAACUUACCAUAGUAGAUUAAGAAUACGAUAACAAAAGAGUUCAGUUUGCCAUGUGAGACGUCUCAAAUCAAAGUUGAGAAAGCUGAUGGGGCAGAGUUCGUAGUGGAACAUUAUGGAAAUGGAUCACGUUAUGAGGGUAUGAAAAUGAAUGGGAUGAGACAUGGAUAAGGAAGAUUUUAUUAUUAGGAUGGUGGUUUGUAUGAUGGAGAAUGGAAAGAGAAUAAAAUGCAUGGGGAAGGAAAAUUAUAUUACGGAACAGGAUAGCCUGCGUAUGAGGGGAAGUGGAACGAGGAUCAAUUUGACGGUUUUGGAACUUUGUAUAAUGAGCAUCCUUAGAUGUUGGAGGAAUCCUUUGAUUAUAGGGACUUUGAUUAUGUGGAGGAUUAUUGGAUAAAAUAUAGUGGUAAUUUUUGGAUGGAUAACAAGGAGGGUUAGGGAAGUUUGCAUUUAACGAAUGGGGAGAGAUUUGUAGGGUAGUUCGAGAGGGACUUAAUAAACGGGAGAGGGGUGUUUUACAGAAGGGAUGGAAAGAUGAUGGAGGGGAGAUGGGUGGACAAUAAAUUAGUGUAUUGA